AUGAGUUUGAUGUUUCUUAUAUUAUGGACAGUUCCAGGUCGAUGGGAUGCGCGUAGGAACCGACCGGUGCCCGAUGCAGUGUGGUUGGAACAGCAUAGACGCGCUUUGCCUUUCGUCCUAAAGAGAGAGAAUGAGCGAGCACCGACACCUAGACUCAUAAAACUCGGCGAGGGCGUGGAGAUUCGGGAAGACCUAUUGCGUGGGAGGUGGUCACGCGCAGGGCAAGAGUCGCGACCGACGAAGCCACCGUUGGACAGACGCAGAGUUCACGCACUGAUUACAUAUGUGAGCAGGCAUUUCCCUGAUGUUGAAGUCAGUCGGAUCAAGCAAGUUCUGGCCUAUAAGUGUAAGGAGAAUUGUGCAGCCCUAAGAAUGAGAACAGCCAGGUUGUCGAACUGUUUCAGCGAGUCGAGCAACUACUUGCUGAGUGCAGCUGGCCGCCCGCCCUGCGAUGAUCCGCCCCAUCACCCGCCCACACCCACGCCGAGACCGUCUUAUUCCAACUAUGAGGCUUCAAAAGGCGGCGGGGCAGGGGGUACUAGCGGUGCGGGGGGAAGUGGGACUCCAGGUGGAGGGGAGGGAAGAGGGCAGGGAGAUGAUGACACGCACUGA